AUAGUUGCAGAAUGUUCAUCUCGGAGGGGCGAGUUUUGUCAGCAGUGCACCGGUGGGAGUCCCAGCGGAGACAUGGUCCAGGGAUUCGUUCUGCUGGCAACCGCAGCUACCUGUGUGGUUCUGCUGCCAGCUGCAACAGCGGCCACGAAAGAACCAUUUGGAUUGGAUGAUAUCUUAUAUGGGGACUUUACACCAGAAUCGUUUACAGCCAAAUGGAUAAGUGCUUCCAUACUCCUCUUCGAGUAUGAGGACGAGGUACGCGCUUGGGACGUUUCUACAGAUGAGACGUACGACGUGGUGCCGAAGGAGGUAUUCGCAGAAUACAAGCCACUGAAACCAAAACUGUCAAGCAAUUGGAAGUACGUGCUUUUUGGCUACGAUGCACAAUGGAUAUUCCAGCAUGCAGGCAGUGCGCGUUAUUUGGCCUACACAAUGUCCAAAAACACCACGAUAGAAAUUGGCGGCGGUGAGCGUCUGCAGGCCGCGGUGUGGGGUGGCGAGCAGAGCCGGUUGGCCUACGUCUACAGAAACAACAUCUACUACCUGCCAGAACCUGGCGCCGAGCCAAUACAGAUCACCACGGAUGGCGUACCCGACGUCAUCUUCAAUGGAGUGUAUGACAUCUACAGUGGCGCAUCAUCGUCGCCGGAAGCCAACUUGGGAGACGACGCUGCCUUGGAGUUUUCGCCGGACGGGACUCAGCUGAUUUACAUCCAGUACGACGUUACCCUGGUGGACAACGCCAGCUUCAUACUCGAGUACGGCUCGCCGGGAUCUCUGAAGCACCAGUACGCCACGCCAGUCACCUUCCGCUACCAAAAGGUCGGCACGACAAAACCUAGAGAAUAUCUUAAGCUCGUCACCUUGCCGUCUGAGGAUUCGACAUCCGUGACCAUCCAAGAACUGGUGGCGCCAGUUGAUGUUGUCGGCGAGGACUAUUAUAUUCAAGAGUCUGCUUGGAUGGAUGAAGACACUUUAAUGGUUUGGUUUUCAAAUCGCCUUGAAAACAUAACGCAGUUCGUCACCUACAACACCUCCAGCAAGUCGGCACAGAUUACUGGGAAAAAGGGCCUGAAAUUGGAGCAGAAAGGCGGUUGGUUGGACCAGCAGACGGUGCUCUACAGAUACGGAAGCCCUUCGUCUUUUCUGACCGUAGCAUGGCAGCCGCAGGGAGACGCGGGCAGCUACCCUCAUGUCGUCAAAGUGACUGGGAACUCCAUAAAAGCCAUCACCUCUGGAGAACUGACAGUGACCGACUUGUACGCGUGGGAUGGGAAUGGUACAGUGUACUACCAGGCCACAGAGGAGGGUCAGCCUUCCAGAAGGCAGGUGUACGCCGUGGAGGAGGGCGGCGAGCCGCGCUGCCUCAGCUGCAGGCUCAAGAGCCCAGAGAAGAACCCCUGCCUGCGCGCCAGCGCCACCUUCAGCGCCGACCUCAGCUGGUUCACCAUAGAGUGCAGUGGUCCCGACCCGGCUGUCGUCACUAUACACUCCGCGGCCGACAACAGACGCAUCUCGCGGCGGGAGCACAGCAACAGCGCGCUGCGUAAGAGGCUGUCCCACAAGCUGCUGCCGCAGCGGCUGGACGACUGGGUGGAGCUGGGGGGCGGCUUGCGCGCCCAGGUGCGGCUGCUGCUGCCGCCAGAUCUGGACCCCGAGGGCGACGAGAAGAGGCCCGCCCUGCUCUACGUGUACGCCGGUCCAGGCCACCAGCAAAUAGACGACUCCUUCGAUGUGGACCUCCCCAGCUACUUCACGACCACCAGGCGGUACGUGGUCAUUCUGAUCGACGGCCGCGGGUCUGCCUGCCAUGGCGACAGGAUGCUCUUCUCCGUCUACCGCAGGCUGGGCACCGCAGAAGUCGAGGACCAGAUCGUCGUCACCAAGAAGCUGCUGCAGAAGUACCGUUUCAUCGACCGCUCGCGCGUCGGCGUCUGGGGCUGGAGCUACGGCGGCUACACUGCGGCCAUGGUGCUGGCCCGGGACGACAAGAAUAUCUUCAAGUGCGGCGUCUCCGUGGCGCCCGUCAUCAGCUGGAUAUACACUGACUCCCUGUACACCGAGGCGUACAUGGGCUACCCCACGCCGGGUGACAACGAAGCUGGCUACAACGCGAGUGACGUGACGCGGCUGGCAGCGCGGUUCGCCAAGAAGAAGUUCCUGCUGGUGCACGGGACGGCGGACGACGUCGUCUUCCAGCAGAACUCCGCCAUGCUGGCCAGGGCCUUGGAGGAGGCCGGCGUGCUCUUCAAGGAACAGAUUUACCCUGACGAGUACCACUGGCUUCUGAGCCGGAAGCAUCACCUCUACAGGACCAUGGACCAGUUCUUCCGAGAGUGCUUCGACAGAUCUUAUCUUCUGAUCGAUAUUAUACGAGAAAUGGUCGCUUCGCAGCAUCAGUGAUUCGCAUUUAUGUAUUCAUUCGAUAUAAAAUUACUAGCGACUCUGGCAACAAGGAAAGGAAAGCGUGACAGUAACAAGACGAAAGUAUUCACUUCUAAGGACUAGGUGCUAUUUGACGGCGGUAUUACGUCGCGUCCAGUGUACCUUCACAGGAACGAGGCUACGGCUGCAGCAGCCCGCAUCACACUGCUUUCCCGAAGCGUCUCAGCCACUUGCCUCCUAAAUCCACUUUCAUUAGAGAACCGUGUGAAAAGGGGAAAGAGGACUAUUUGUACUGCUAACUAGGGCGGCUCCCAUCAAUCUGAAUAUAGAACAUUUCAGUUGUAAUUGCUUUGCCAUCCGGAAAAAAGUUGCUAAGGUUGCGGGCAUAACUGCCCACUAUGGAAAAAACAUCAACUAUGUUUGUGUGUAAGGACAAGAAUUAGCUUUAAUGGAUCGCUUUUAUUCACAAAAUGUGCUAUCUCGUAUCACGUAGGCAAUCGAACGCUUACGAGGACUGCUGCAGUGUCUGAAGGAAAAUGCGCACCCUCUUGGUCGUUGGCCACUAUGAGUUAUACUCAAGUAAUUAGCUAUUAAUGUUGUGAUUCUUCCGUUUCUCCCGGCGUAUUUCUUGCUCGAACAGUACACUCAUGGACUGUUGUCUGUCGCUGAGACAAAAAAACCUCUCCCUCAUUACUGGGUGUACUGUGUCUCGAAACGCUCCAAGUUAAAGCCAUGUGCGGAUCGCAACAUUUCGGACUGGGACAUCUGUCUUUCGUGGCAUUUUCCUUCCGUUUCAGGUGUACAUAGUGCAGUUCGGACCGACCAAAUUACUGAUGGCUCGGCUGCACAAAUUCAAGCCUCGGUCUGCAUACAGCUUAACUUGUCACAAAUAUUUCACUGUGUCUUUGCUACGGAAGUUGUGUUGUCAAUCUAUCGAUUCUGAAAUUACGUACCGUAAACAGCCAUUAUCCACCAUCGUACUGUACGUGGCUGCAGUUGCUGGUGUCCUCCAAAUGUGCGAGUAGCGGUGGAGGCAUUUUAUGAAUGGUUCUUCCUAAUGAUCCCGUAUGUCCGUCACGCCAGUUUCCUUAUCGACGUUAAUUCACUUUUCCAGGAACACAAAAUCAUAAAUAUCACUUCACAGUGCCCAAUCACGUCAAAAAAGUUCUCUGCUUCAAUUCAACCAUUUCUGUUGAGAUGCGUUCUCAACAAUCUCAUCUGACAAGAGACUGCAGAGAUUUUUCUCCGACGUUUCAUCCAGUGCAGUCCAUUUCCUGUGUUACGCUCGCUGGAACCGGCCAACAAUUGUGAAAUAACCCAACACUUCGCUCAUUCAUGAUAAAGCACGCCAUGUGCAACUAAACUGACUUCUCCUGUUUAUUUACGAUGCAGUUACAAACAAUAAAUUAAGAACUCUAUGGUAAUACAAGGCAAAUAUCAUACGUCAUGUAAUUAUUCUGCUUCACGAGUAAGCAUAUAUGUUUUAAUAAACUGUGUUUUCUCCAAAA